UUCAUCAGACUGCAACUGCAACCAGAACUAACUCUUAAAGUAGUUAAAUGCUACUACCACUACUAUCAGUGAGACUGAUUAGAGAAGAAGCGAGCAACCUGAGCUUUUUUAUUUUGAAGCCACCUUACUAAAAGAGAAAGAACAGAAACCUUUUUUGUUACUUUCUAACAGUAAAAACAAAAAGGUCAACAUGUUCAUUUUAUCGGUCGCCGUGAUUACUUUUGGAUGCUUCAAUGUGGCAUUUUCAUUCUGCCCAUUUGAAUGCCAGUGUCCCCGGGAGGUACCCAAGUGCGCCCCUGGAGUCAGCCUAGUGCUGGACGGAUGUGGAUGCUGUAAAGUCUGUGCCCGACAACUCAAUGAAGAUUGCAGAAAAACGGAGCCGUGUGACCACACCAAGGGACUCGAGUGCAACUUCGGAGCCAGCUUUGGUGCUCAAAGGGGGAUCUGUCGAGCCAGAUCUGAGGGCAGACCCUGUGAAUACAACAGCAAGAUUUACCAGAAUGGAGAGAGUUUUCAGCCAAACUGCAAGCACCAGUGCACCUGCAUCGAUGGAGCUGUGGGCUGCAUCCCGCUUUGCCCCCAGGAGCUUUCUCUGCCUAACCUGGGCUGUGCAAGUCCAAGGCUGGUGAAGGUGCCUGGACAGUGCUGUGAAGAAUGGGUUUGCGAUGAAGACAAAGAAACUGAUUCCACAGACCAGCUGGAUCAGAUCUUCAGCAAAGAAAUGGGCAUGGACGUUUCAGAAAGCGAACUUACCAACAGAAAUGAGCUGAUUGCGCUGGUCCAAGGUGGCCUCAAGUCCCUACCUGCAUUCAGAGUGCAGCCUCAGGGUCACAUGUUUGAAAGUCAGAAGUGCAUCGUUCAAACAACAGCCUGGUCCCAGUGCUCCAAGACUUGCGGGACUGGUGUCUCCACUAGAGUCACCAAUGACAACAGCGAAUGCAAGCUGGUUAAGGAGACUCGCAUCUGUGAAGUUCGCCUGUGCAGUCAACCAGCAUAUACUAAUUUAAAGAAGGGAAAGAAAUGCACCAGAACCAAGAAAUCAAGGCAAGCAGUGAAGUUCACUUAUGCAGGGUGUUCGAGUCUGAAGAAAUACCGUCCUAAGUACUGUGGUUCCUGUGUGGAUGGGAGAUGCUGCAGCCCCCAGCAAACAAGGACUGUAAAGGUCAGGUUCCGCUGCGAGGAUGGAGAGACCUUCAGCAAGAGCGUCAUGAUGAUUCAGUCCUGCAGGUGCAACUACAACUGCCCUCACACUAACGAAGCCUCCUACCCCUUCUACAGACUGAACAACGACAUCCACAAGUUUCUAGAUUGAGUUCAGCAGGAUCAAAAAACAAAGAAAAACAUGUCCAUUGAAACUGAGGAGACCUAACAGAAAGGACUUAAACAUUAAAUAAAUACAAAAUGGACAAUUGUAUGCAGUCUCCUUUCAAACUAAAUUCCCACGGAAUUAAGAACUAAAUAUGAGGACUGAAUGAAGUGCACUGUGUAAGCUGGAGAAUAUGACAGCAUUGUUAUUUUAUUUUUUAUUUUUUUAAAUAACCGCUUCAUAAUACUGGAGCAUUGUUUUUUUUUAUAGCUUCGUUCAGAAGCAUUGUAUGUCUAUAAAAAAAAGUUGUUUAAUAUUAUAACAUUAUGUAUAUAUUUGUUCUGUAAGUUUAACACAUGACCCAAACUGUAGAGAAUUUUUUUAUAACUUAAAUGUUUGUACUAUGUUUUGUAACCUGAGAAAGAAACCGCACUGAGCUUGUAUGACACAAGUCAGUGGCCCCAUUCCUUCCCAGUGUGAGCACACGUGUUCACGUAUGUGGCAGCUAUCAAACAACUCUUCCACGAGAGCAUGAAAGAGAUAAGACUUGUAAAUAAUGAAUGAAUGUUUCUUAUUUAUCAAAAUGUAGCUACUUUUAUUUGGAUAUUCAAUGUCAUACUGGAAUAAAUUGUCAAAAGGAUUUAAUUUUAUAUGUUAUAAAUAAAAGAAUUUAUUUAUGAAA